AUGAGUGACAGUGAAAAACAGAAGGACCCUGCAGCUCUGAAGGAGGAAGGGAACAUCCUCUUCAAAACGGGAGACCUGCAAGGAGCUGUCUGCUGCUACACCAAAGCACUAAAACUGACUGAUAACCAAGCUGACAGUGCUGUUCUGUAUCGUAACCGCUCCGCCUGUUACCUGAAGCUGGAGGAGAACAGCAAAGCAGAGGCUGAUGCAUCCAAAGCGCUCGACGCUGACCCGGGUGACGUGAAAGCUAGGUUUCGAAGGGCUCAGGCUUUUCAGAAGCUUGGUCAGUUUGACCAGGCUUUUCUGGAUGCUCAGAGAUGUGCCCAGCUGGAGCCCAAAAACAAAGCCUUCCAGGAUCUGCUUAGACAGCUGGGAGCACAGAUCCAGCAAAAGUCAGCACAGCUAAACUCCACAGAUGCUCGUGUGCAGCAAAUGUUCUCUCUCCUCUUGGAUGCUUCUGCUAAAGACGCCGAUCGACAGAAGGCAGCUCAGAAUCUGGUGGUAUUGUCUCGAGACGAGGGAGGAGCUGAGCAGAUUUUCCGCAAUGAUGGAGUAAAGCUAAUUCAGAAACUUCUUCAGUUGAAGCAGGAGGAUGUUGUCCUUUCUGCUCUCAGGACUUUAGUUGGUUUGUGCACAGGGCAUCAGUCAAGAACUAUGGCUAUAGUGAAUGAGCUGGGAAUGGACCAGCUGUGUGCAGUAAUGGGGUCAGGGGUUUCCACUGUGUCUCUGGCUGCCUGCCACCUGCUGCAGGUGAUGUUUGAAGCUCUGACAGAGGGAAUGAAAAAAGAGAUCAGGGGGAAGGAUGAAGCCAUACUCCCUGAACCAUCUAAGGAACUGCGUUCAAUGCUGCGCCACCUUUUGGAAAUGUUGCCAGCAUCUAGUGUGUCGGGGCCGGGCAGAGACAGCGCCAUCAACCUCCUGGUCAAACAAGUACCCCGCAAGUCUUUGAAAAACCCCGACAACUCCCUUACAUUACUGGUGAUAGACCAGGGGCUAAAUAAAAUUCUGCAAGUGGCUGGGACCAUCCCUGAGCUUACAGAGGGGCCACCUCUUACAGACAACACACACAUGACCUGCUCUGUGCUGCUUAGCAAACUCUACGAUGACCUCAACAAUGACAAAGAGCGGGAGAACUUUGGCAAACUAUCUGAAGAAUACGUUCAGCAACACUUUAGCCGGCCCGGCCUAGAAGGCAAGCUGCGUGCCAUCCAGACAGUGUCUGUGCUCCUUCAAGGUCCAAGCGACGUGGGCAACAGAGCUCUAGAAAUGUCAGGAAUGAUGGACGCUGUGAUCUCUCUCUGUGCUUCUGAAGAUGCACGUCACCAGCAGAUAGCGGUUGAGGCUCUUAUCCACGCUGCAGGCAAAGCCAAGAGAGCUUCUUUCAUCACAGCCAAUGGCGUGGCCCUUCUCAAGGACCUCUACAAGAAGAGCGAGAAUGACCAGAUACGAGUGAGAGCCCUUGUGGGUUUGUGCAAGCUCGGAUCAGCAGGAGGGACAGAUUUCAGCAUGAAGCAGUUUGCAGAGGGAUCCACGCUCAAGCUGGCCAAGCAAUGCAGGAAGUGGCUGUGUAAUGAGUCUUUGCCUGCAACCUCCCGCCGCUGGUCAGUGGAAGGUCUCGCCUACCUCACUUUUGACGCUGAUGUGAAGGAAGACUUGGUGGAAGACAAAAAUGCUCUUCUGGCCAUGUUUGAACUAGCAAAGUCUGAAGAUAAGACUGUGCUUUUCGCCGUGGGUUCUACGUUAGUGAAUUGCACCAACAGCUACGAUGUGGAGAAACCAGACCCUCAGAUGUUGGAGCUGGCCAAGUAUGCAAAGCAACAUGUUCCCGAGGAGCAUCCCAAGGAUGCACCUUCUUUUGUGGAAAAAAGGGUAGUUAAGCUGCUGGACGCUGGUGUAGUGUCUGCGUUAGUGUGCAUGGUUAAACAGGAGAGUCCUGCCCUCACUGACGCUUGUAAGGAAUGUAUUGCCAGGGUCUUUUUGGCUUUGGUGGAACGGCAGGAAGACAGAGGCACAGUGGUGGCACAAGGUGGAGGAAAGGCUUUGAUUCCUCUUGCAACUGACAACACAAAUGUAGGAAAAGUAAAAGCUGCACAAGCCCUUGCAAAAAUAGCCAUCACGUCUAAUCCAGAGAUAGCCUUUCCAGGAGAGAGGAUCUAUGAGGUUGUGCGCCCACUUGUGAACCUUUUGAGUCUAGAGUGCACCAUGUUGCAGAACUUUGAGUCUCUGAUGGCUCUCACCAACCUGUCCGGCAUCAGUGAAAGACUCAGACAAAAGAUCAUCAAGGAAAAAGCUCUACCAAAAAUUGAAGGCUACAUGUUUGAGGAGCAUGAUCUCGUCCGAGCGUCUGCUACAGAGUGCAUGUGUAAUUUAGUUUGGAGUACAGAGGUGCAGAACUUGUACCUGGCCACAGGCAAUGAUCGGCUGAAGCUGCUUGUGCUUUACAGCGGCGAAGAUGACGAAAGGCUUCGGAAAGCUGCUGCAGGAACUCUGGCCAUGCUAACAGCUGAACAGCCUGAGCUCUGCGCCCGCAUCCCUGGAACUACGACCCAUUGGCUAGAGAUCAUGCAGGCUCUUCUGCUCAGUGAAAUAUCCGACCUACGUCAUCGUGGAGUGGUCGUUGUUAAAAACAUGAUGGAGGCCGAGAAAAGUUUGGCUGAAACUCUCAUGGAGAGCGAAGUCCUGGAGAUACUUUCUGUCCUGGCAAAGGGAGGAGAAGGCAACCCAGAUCCUGUGUCCAAGAUCGCUCAGAACUGUUUGGAUAAAGCAGUGGAGUACGGCAUCAUUCAGAGCAGGGAGGAGAAGGAGGAGAGCAAAUGAAAUGUGCAGUGUGUGGAUGUGCCUCUUAGUGCUUUGA